AUCAUCAUCCCAUCAAAUCAUUUAGUCAUCCUUUAUAUCAAUUUAUUUAUUUAAAUUGAGUAACAAUUUAAUACGUUGCGCAAUAAGAUAAUUAUCUGCAUUUCGAAGCUCGAAGCCUAGAUAAAUGAUACUGGCUCGAAGUGAACUGUCAUUGUAUACUUUGAAAAUGUUGGGUUAAUAUUAAUAAAUAAGUUGAUUGUAAAGAUCGUAAAAAAAAAUGGAAAAUACAACGCAGUACAAUGAAAAAUGUGGGUGGACGAAAUUUUCUGAAGCCAAAUUAGUUGAGAUGGAAAAGAAAAUUCUACAAGUUGUAAAAACUGCCUAUAAAACUUGGUUUGUUCCCAUUGGACCAACCGUUGGUACUGAUGAUAAAAUUUGGACCAUUUUAUUAAACGAAGAGUCAAAAAAUACCCCUAUAGUUCUGUUACAUGGAUUUGCAGCAGCUUUAGGUUUUUGGUGUCUCAAUUUCGAUUCUCUAGCCAAGGAGAGACCUGUUUAUGCCAUUGACUUACUAGGGUUUGGUCGUUCCACCAGGCCUACUUUUAGUACCGAUGGCACUGAAGCAGAACAGCAAAUGGUUCAGUCUUUAGAGGCAUGGCGUAAACAAUUGGAUAUUGAAAAUUUUAUUUUAUUGGGACACAGUUUUGGCGGAUAUUUAGCUACAAGUUAUGCCAUAAAUUAUCCUGACAGAGUAAAACAUCUCAUCUUGGCAGACCCCUGGGGUUUUGCAGAACAGCCUGCCAAGUUUGAAGCGCCUUUAUGGAUAAAAACUCUGCGUGUAUUGUUAUACCCGUUAUCCCAUUUAAAUCCCCUAGCCACAGUUAGAGCUGCUGGACCAAUAGGUCCCUGGUUAGUACGUAAAGUACGAAAUGAUAUUUCUGAAAAAUAUGCUAGCGUUUUAGAAAACAAAGACAUAAUGGCAGAAUAUAUAUACCAAUGUAAUUCUAGAAACCCAUCAGGCGAGACUGCUUUCCAUUAUAUGAGAAAGAGUUUCGUGUGGGCCAAAAACCCGAUGGUACAUAGAUUCGAUAAUAUAAGGGAAGAUAUCCCAAUCACCGUAAUGUUUGGAGAAAACUCCUGGAUAACUCAAGCACCUGGACAUAUAUUAAAAGAACAACGACCUAAGUCGUACGUGGAUAUAGCAGUCAUUGCUAAUGCGGGACAUCAUAUCAGUGCGGAUCAACCUUCAUUAUUCCAUGAAGUAGUUCUUGGUGCAUGUGGAAUGUGUGAUAGCACUAGCAAUAGCGAAGUGACUAAUGAUCAAGAAAUCAUAAGUAAUAAUGAGAUAAUAGAAACUGAUAUAGAUGAGGAAGGAGCAGUUCACCAGAUAAAAUUGAUUAGAAAUGAAGAAUAUCAACUACAUCAAAGUAUUUGAUGAUUUUAUUAUUUAUAUAGUCAAUAUAUAUUUUAUCAUUGA